UAAAAAACCAAGAACAGUCAACCCACAUCCAAACCAAGCUAAUUCUAUCAAAACCAUGCCAAACGGAGAAAACAAGCAGCAGCAGUAGUGGAAACCAUAACUCGAGAACCGAGAGUUCCGCAACCAAAUCUGCUUUGGCCACCAAGCGGCGGCGCCACACCAACGCCACCGCCUCUGUCGUCGUUAAAUACUCUCUCUCUCUGCGUACGCUUUUGGUUUUUGGUGGAAGUGAGCAACCUCCUUACGGUGUCUCUCAAACAACCCCUAAAGAACGAACCAACCAAAAAGUUCCUAUCGAACUCGACAAAGCAAGGGACUUAUCAUUUGACUGCAAAGAAAAUUAACACCAAUUUGUAACCAUGACGGUUGCGCAACUCGUUGGUGGUACUGUCUCUAAUGGAUUGACAAGUAGAAGUGGCGAAUGGAACACUAUAAAUAGGAUGAUAUCAGGGUCAUUCUGUUCGGGACAGCCAAGGGUACCUCGAAAUUUCGUUUCAGUAGUUGGUAGGAAGAGAUUGAGCUAUGGUGGUGUUUUUUGGCACUGCGGUCUAUCCACAAACCAUAAGACAAUGUUGUUUCCCUCAAAAAUGGCUUGUCAAAAAAAGCGCAAUUUUCCUGUGGUCAGUAAUCAAUUGAGUUCCGAUUGUGGUGUGCAUUCUUCUUGUGUCGUGGAUGAGAGUUGUACCAUGGAAGAACGUUGUCUAACGAGUUCAAUGGAUGUAUCCACGGAGAAUCCUAGUUGUCAACCACAUGUUCAAAAUGUUAAACAAGAGCUUAUAAUGCUUUCUUUGCCUGCAAUUGCUGGACAGGCUAUUGAGCCAUUGGCACAACUGAUGGAGACAGCAUAUAUUGGUAGAUUGGGACCUGUGGAGUUGGCAUCAGCUGGUGUUUCCAUGUCAAUUUUUAACAUUAUAUCGAAGUUAUUUAAUAUUCCUCUCCUCAGUGUUGCUACUUCUUUUGUGGCUGAAGACAUUUCAAAUAUUGCAAGCAGAACUUCCACUGCAGAAGAGGGUUGUCAAGGGGAAAGUGGCAAUGGUAAACCUUAUGAAGUGAUAAAUACACGCCAGCAACUAUCCUCCGUGUCUACGGCUUUAGUUUUAGCUGCUGCCAUUGGCAUCUUUGAGGCUUCAGCCUUGUCUUUGGGAUCUGGACUAUUUCUGACCUUGAUGGGAAUACCGCCGGAUUCCUCCAUGCGUGUUCCAGCACAGCGAUUUCUUUGUUUUAGAGCCCUUGGUGCUCCUGCAGUUGUAGUUUCCUUGGCUCUUCAAGGCAUUUUCCGUGGUUUUAAGGAUACAAAAACUCCUGUAUUAUGUCUAGGUAUUGGUAAUUUCUUUGCUAUAUUUUUGUUUCCGAUACUUAUGUAUUAUUUUCAGUUUGGUGUGACUGGAGCAGCCAUUUCCACUGUUAUCUCUCAAUAUAUUGUUACCUUCUUAAUGAUUUGGCAUCUUAAUAAGAGGGUUGUGUUAUUGCCUCCAAAGUUGAGAGAUCUGCAAUUUGGAGGUUAUAUAAAAUCUGGUGGUUUUCUUAUCGGGAGAACUCUUGCUGUUCUUGUGACUAUGACACUGGGGACAUCAAUGGCUGCUCGUCAAGGAACGGUAGCUAUGGCUGCUCAUCAAAUAUGCUUACAAGUAUGGCUGGCUGUAUCUCUCCUUACAGAUGCACUGGCAGCAUCUGGUCAGGCGUUGAUUGCAAGUUCUUAUUCAAAAGGUGAUUACAGAACUUCAAGGGAGGUUGCAAACUUUGUGUUAAAGAUAGGAUUGCUCACAGGGGUUUCCUUGGCUGCAAUUUUGGGUCUAUCUUUUGGUUCUUUAGCCACCUUGUUCACCAAGGAUGCUGAAGUCUUGGGAGUUGUUAGAACUGGGGUAUUGUUUGUCAGUGCCAGCCAACCUAUAAAUGCUCUAGCUUUCAUUUUUGAUGGUCUCCAUUAUGGUGUUUCAGACUUCCCAUAUGCAGCUUGUUCGAUGAUGGUGGUAGGGGCAAUAUCUUCUGCAUUUCUGCUAUAUGUUCCUUCAAUUUUUGGUCUUCAUGGUGUGUGGUCAGGCUUGGCUUUGUUUAUGGGGCUGCGUACGUUGGCAGGAUUUAUCAGAAUAUCAUCGAAAAAUGGUCCAUGGUGGUUUUUGCAUAAGGACUUGAAGGGAUCUGAGCUUGUUGCUUGAGAUGGGAGUAAUCAGAAAUCAGGAAUCUAUUGCUUGUCAUCAGCCACUAGUACGACUUGUUGUCCCUGGUUUCUGUCUAAAUGGUGAGUAAAUGCAAUUUGAUGAUUUAAUCCUGUGGGCUGAUUCCCAAAUUUUGGUUUCAAAUGUUACAGUGAGAAUACUUUUAUCAGAACCUUGGUAAUCUACAAUGAGAAUACUUCUUCAAAUGUCAAC